GCUAUCCUUCAGCCUGUUCUCACGACAGCGAAAGACAAGGUCGCAAAGCUCAAUGGUGCAGUGGGACCAUGUUGACCCUCGUUUGCAAGAUGACGGGGAUAACGGAUCCAAGGCAAGUGACAAUACCCUGAGAUCCCCGCUGGCUGUCUUAUCUUCCUUAUAACUACUCGUUUUCCCUCGGUCCAUCUCUCCAUUCUUUCUUUUUCGCUGAUCUCUUCUGUCUCUCUUUUCUUCCCGCUUUCAUUCUAUAUGUCUAACGGUAACCCUUUCAACGACCGGUCGUUGCAAAAUCGGGAGGACUUCCUAUUCGAUUUCGAGCCUGAACUUAGAGAGGAAGUCGCAGAGGACUGGUUUGUUCCACAUGUGGAGAGUCCAGCUGGAUCCUCCUUGCCGAGCGUCAAUGUCUCAUGGGUAGACGGUCCUUUGGUAGCGACCUCAGGGUACAAAUGGAAUCAAUCCGUGUUUUGGAAUGGCUCUACCAGCAUUCCUUCCUCCGAGUAUCAUAUGUCCGACGCUGGAAGUAGUAAUGGAGGAGAGGUGCACUACAUGGAUCAUUCACACGCUAGCUUCGAGUCGUCGCCGGCCUCAGGGCAGUAUCAGUCAUUGAUACCUGACUUUACGUCUCAGCGACGUAACUCAUUGCCAUCCGAUUAUCGGACUCACCGAAGCCUGUAUGGCACAGGGACCAGCUCUGACAAUGAAAGACCUGAGGUGAAGCGUCUUAGUUGGCAGGGCGGAUAUGACUGGCUGUCCGACGCUGCCUCUAGCUCUUACCAUUCUUCGCGGCGGUCAAGCUUCGGGAACCUUGCGGAGCUCCCUACAAGUUCGAUGCCAAUGCCAUAUCCUACGGAAAGUCAGAUGGCCGCCGGUCAGUAUAAUUACAGCGAUCCAAACGUCACCCAGAGCGCACCCACUCUACAACACUGGCUACCAUUUAAUAGUCCUGCUUCAUCCGAAGUAGGCCUACCUCUUUUGAAUCGAACAGUAACCCCCGAGCUUUCGGCACAAUUACAGUCUGCACUCUUUCUUCAAGACAAUAACGGCUCGCAACGAAACAUCAAUCCAUCUUUUCACCCCCACAUUUUAAAUGCAUACUCGUCUGGAACGCAGGUCUCCGAUGAACACGCUCAUUUCAACAAUUCCCAGCCCAAAGCCGGCGGCACGGCAUCUCAUCCAGGAUCUUCAGGCGCAUCCGAAGGGUCUACUAGCCCCCGGUUUGUUGUCUAUGUCCCUAACGACGACGCCGAGGCUGGUCCUUCCAGCUCCCCAUAUCGCAUACUUCCACAGAUAGACUCUGGCUUUCACAGCUCGAUUUCGAGCCAAUUACCCCGGAAUUCUUCAAGAUCCAAGCUCAGAGGAGAACCUAGACCGAAGUCAGUUGCCUGUAACUACUGCAGAACGAAGAAGAAUAAAUGCGUAGGUGUUUCUGGGCAGCGGUGCGAGAGCUGCACUACGCUAAAUAUUGAGUGUACGUACUCGGAGUCAAGACGAGGAAAAUACAUACGGAAAGCUAGAAAGAAGGACAAGUGACCCUGCAUCUGUGGGUCAUCAUUCGCGCGCGCCUCUCGUGAGAAUUCUUUAAAAUAUCUUGUAUAUAGUUCUUCUACUUUAUUGUAUUAUUAUUAAUCGCAGUAACUAAUGGUUAUAAAAGAAGCUCCAGUGGAAGACUUCUGGCCAU